AUGACUGACUAUACCUUUGGUGAUUUUUCUAAACCAGAAACUGAAAAGUUCUUUGGUCAUGAAGAACAAGGAGUGAAAUUUCCAUGGAGUACAGACGAUUGUGCAAAUACCGGCAUUGAAUUUGGCUUUGGUGUGUCAUCAGUCAUAUCCCCAUCGGGUGGUACCGGUGUUUCCUACUCAUGUAACGGCAGUCUAUCUCAUCAAGAAUCGACAAACUCUGCAUUGACAUCUCCUCCAUAUUCUUCAAAAAGUUCCUCGGUUGAAAAUGUGAAAAUAACCAAACAAUCCUCACAUCACCGUCACGAUAGCGACAGAAAGCUGAAAAAGAAGCGACCACCGAACUAUUACAAACAAGAAUACCAACAAAUGCUCGAACCCUCAACACUCCAUCAUGUGAACAUUCAUCAUGAUAAAAACGAACAAACAUCUCAGACAGAACAAAACACCAAUGAUCCGAGAUAUAUAUCUUGUGAUCAAUGGGUGGAUUCGAUAAUGAAACAUCAACAGGAUGAUAAACAAUCAACGAAUGACGAUGAAAUCGAAUCAGAUAGUCACGACACAACAACUGAUACAGAUAAUGAUGUUGAACAUCCACAGCACAUAUCCAUCAGUAAAGCAUCCUUGAACAACAACGAUUCAUCUAUUUAUUCCACAUCUGUCGCAAGUGCAGCUUCAAUCGAAACGUUGAAACCAACAUCAGAUAAUUUCUCCUCGUCAAACAAAUCGAAACCAUCGUCAUGGGCAGAUUUAUUUCGUAGUAACGCACCCACAUUACCAGCAGCUACAUCAUCCGCAACUGUAUCUAAUGCUCCACAACAAUCAACUCCUAUUCCAAAAGUUCAACCAACAUCGCCACAACAGAAUGGCAAAAGCAAUGCCCCGAAUAACUAUCAUCAUCCAAAACAAAACUAUCAAGUCUAUAACAGCAAUGGUGAAGACUCCAGAUCAUUAGAAGAUUAUUUUUCUAAAUGUGAAAUACGUCCGUCAGCUAUGGCUAUUAAACCUCGUGGAUUAUUAAAUAAAAGUAAUUACUGUUAUGUUAAUGCUACUCUGCAAUCCCUGCUUGCUUGUCCUGCUUUUUUCAAUGUAAUGAAAUAUAUCCCACCGGAUGAAGAUACCGAUAAUCAUAACGUUCCAUGCAUUCGAGCUCUAAAUUCUUUUGUUAAUCAAUUUGAAAAAAUGGAUCGAAGUAAAUCUAGUUCCAAUCACAAAGACAUCGUUUGUGGCGCAGCAUUUGAACCCAUUGAAGUUCUUCAAGAAUUAUCACGUCUCCGUCAUUUACCUGUUGAACUCAUCAAAAGCAAACAAGAAGACGCACAUGAGUUAUUGUGCCAAUUACUGAGCGAAAUUCACGAUGAGAUUUGUCAAAUUUUGUAUAACCCAUCAACGAAUAGAAAUGAAGAAUCCACAUCUAGUUCAGAUUUGUCGACAUUAACGGCCGAUUUGCAAUUGAAUGGUGAUGAGAAAUCUGAAGAUUGGCUUCAAGUCGGAAAACGCAAUCGUACGCAUGUACUUCGCACGAAUGAAAUUCGAAAAAGUCUUAUCGCCGAUAUAUUUGCCGGAAAGUUUCGUUCAACAGUACACAGUGCUGGAAAUCAAAAGUCAGUCGUACACGAACCAUUUUUUACUCUUUCACUCGAUAUUAAAGAUCCGAAAAUUACGACACUCGACGAUGCCCUUCUACGGUUCUCCGAACAAUCGCUCCUUUCCGAUUACGUCGAUAGUAAAAAUCGACAAAAUAUUCACACCAAUAAAACUAUGUUAAUUGAACAAUUACCACCUAUCCUUAUCAUUCAUUUGAAAUGUUUCCUUUAUGACGAAAGUGACGGUAUUAAAAAAAUCAACAAAUCUGUCAACUACAACGUCAACUUAACAGUACCGAAAACUAUUCUUACUGAGCAAGCUCGAAAACAAUAUAGCGAUCGAUAUAAGUUAUUUGCCGUCGAAUAUCAUCAAGGAGAUCAUGCCACGAAAGGACAUUAUAUCACCGAUGUGUUCCAUCCCGGACUUCAAGGAUGGCUAAGAUGUGAUGAUGGAAACGUUCAAGUUGUCACCUCCAAUCAAGUGGUUAAUCCAACAGCUGAUAAACUUACGCCUUAUUUACUUUUUUAUCGUCGUGAUUAA